AUGUUCAGACGGCUUCUCCCCUCCUUGCUGCUCCUGGUCUCCGUCUCUCGCUCGGGCCAAGGCCGGCCUCACCGGGCCCAGGAGGCCCAGAGGCUCCGACUGCUGGAGGCGGUCAAGACGGGGAUCCUCAGCUCGCUCGGUAUGGACAAGGAGCCGGAGCUCACCCGGAAGGCCUCGGAGGAAGAGCUGCGGAGGAUGCAUCAGCUCUACUGGGAAAAACUGAGGGCGAUGAGAGGAAAUCCCAGCCGGCCGGAGGGGACGACCACCUCCACUGUGCUGCUCCCAGCCACAGUGGCGCCAAUAAAAGCACCUCAGGGGGGAGAACAAGCACACGUGCAGUGGUACAGAGCAGUUUUCCUGAAGAACCCCGACAUCCACACGGCGGUGAGGCCGACCCGAGCCGAACUGAAGAUCUCCAGGCAGACCCCGGCACCACCGAGAGCCGAGAUCCGGGUUCAAGUCAAGCAGGUGAACGCAAGCACCUGGACACACACCACUUCUCAUGCCAGCCACGCACUCCUGACGACGGACGUGAGCGCGACGGUGGCAAAGUGGAUCCAAGCAGACGAGGACGAGUCGCUGGUUGUCCGAGUAAGGACGGCCGAGGGUGGGAGUGAUCCAGUACUCUCUCUGGAAGUGGACUUCAUUCCGGCGCACAACGGAAGGCCGGCGCGCUCCCUCAGGGAGGACGACUGCAACGACCAAGGCUGGUGCUGCCGGAAGUCCCUCAACGUGUCCUUUAGAGAGAUCGGGUGGACGGACUGGGUGGUGGCCCCCGCGGAGUACACCAUGCACCUGUGCGACGGCGCCUGCCCGCACAACUACAAGCCCGCCAGCAUGCACGCGCAGGUGAAGUCGCGGCUGCACCAGCUGAUGAAGGGCGGCACGCCUCGGCCCUGCUGCGUGCCCGCCUCCUACGAGCCCAUGGUCCUCAUGCACUACGACAGCAAGGGCAGGUUGGAGCUCACGCCUUUCAACGACCUCAUAGUCAGUGCAUGCCACUGUGCCUGAAACUCUCAAAGUUGAGGACUUUUA